UACUUAAAAUAGUGCCCGCCACAUAUUGCUCAAUAAACUUUUAAGAAAUGAAUGAAAACCAGACAGUCUGCAAGGGCUGGGGAAACGCAAAGAGCAGGAAGACAGAGUCCCUCAUUUAAGAUGCCCUGAACCUGGUGAAGAGGAAGACUUGCAAAGCAAUGAUAGUAUGACAAAAGCAUCAUAGAAGUUCAUUCCACCAAGGCUGUGAAAACAAACAGGAGAGGACCCUUAAGUCUGUGAAGGUAGCUGGACUUGAAGAUCUCUGACCUGCUGUUGGGAGUGGAGAGGAGCAAAAAGUGAGACAUCUGGGAAACUGGAAGCCAACCAAUACUCUCUCCCCUUAGAAGAGAAGACAGCAGCUGUUUGCAUGUGGGAGAACAGGAAAUACGACAGAUUAAAAAAGGCUUCACCACCUCCGAGUCCUCUAAAACCAACUCCGCAAAUAUGAGAGUCCCAAGAAACCUCUACCGCCGCGAAGCGACUGCUCCCGGAACUUGCUUGGCUGGCUCCGCGUUGCAGCACGGAGACUUUGCGGGAUACCCUCUCCGCGGGCAUCUCUCCUCUAGCAGCCUGGGUGCCAUGGCAACGGAGAGCGGAGGCAAUCUGGUUUCCGGAAGUCGGAGAACUACAGCCUGGAAGCUCCCCGGAUCAAAGGAUGCUGAGUCCCGAGCGCCUAGCCCAACCCGACUACGAGUAUCUGGUUUUAACAGUGUAUGCCAGGGAACUCACAUUCUCUUUCGGGAAUUCAGCUUCAUCCAAGCCACACCCCACAACAGGGCGUCAUUUCUGCGGGCCUUCUGGAGAUGCUUCCGAACCGUGGGCAAAAAUGGGGACCUGCUGACCAUGAGGGAGUACCACUGCCUGCUGCAGCUGCUGUGCCCCGACUUCCCGCUGGAGCUCACCCAGAAAGCAGCCAGGAUUGUGCUCAUGGACGACGCCAUGGACUGCUUGAUGUCUUUCUCAGAUUUCCUUUUCGCCUUCCAGAUCCAGUUUUACUACUCAGAAUUCCUGGACAGUGUGGCUGCCAUCUACCAGGACCUGCUGUUGGGCAAGAACCCCAACACGGUGAUCGUGCCAACGUCGUCCAGCGGGCUGCACCGCCAGCGACCCGCCUUGGGUGAGGCUGGCGUCCCCGAGGGAGUGGAAGCGUCGCUGUUCUACCAGUGCCUGGAAAACCUGUGUGACCGGCACAAGUACAGCUGCCCACCCCUGGCCCUAGUCAAGGAGAUCCUGAGCGGCGUGCAGAGGCUGACCUUCUAUGGCUUCCUGGGGACCCUCUCCAAGCACCCUGGCAUCAACCAGGCCCUGGGAGCUCUGCCUGACAAAGGGGACCUGAUGCAGGAUCCGGCCAUGGACGAGGAGCUAGAGCGGCUGCUCGCCCAAGUCCCCGGCCUGGCCCCCGCCGUCACUGCCACCCCGGAGCCCGGCUGCCCGCCUUCCCGGACCCCGCCCCGGGUGGGGUCCCCGUGGAGACCCCUCCACCACCCCCGGAAGGUGGACACGGAGAGCGACGGCUCCACGGAGGAGACGGACGAGUCGGAGACUUGAGGCGCCCGCCCCAUACUGCCCCCUGCCGGCGAGGGGCCGAGCAGCAGCCCCAAGCUGGCCCCCGGCCCCAACCACCUCGCCCCGCGGAGGGGGACACAGGAGUAGGGCUCGGGUGCCACCCGAGAGCACGCCCUGGGCGGACGCCCACCGUGGCGCGAGCGCAGAGGGAGGAGUGGGCAAGAGUGCAGCUUCCAAACCCGCCCCAAGUCCUGUGUGCCCCGCCGCGGAACCCUAAGUGAAUAAAGUCCCAUGUGUGCGGUGA